AUUACCGCAGACCUGAGGUCAGAGCAGCACAUUCUGCAGAGACGAACUCAAAGAAAAGUAACAAGCAGGAGAAGAACAGCUCAGGAUGGAUGUCUGGAGGUUCUGUGCUGUACUUUAAUGGAUCUGCUGGAAGUAGAACAAGUCCACCAUCAUCUUACACGUCUGCUGCUAACCAGUUAAACUAAUCCCCGCUGGAGCCUUCAGCGGACUUUAACUGGUUUUAGUACACGCUGGUGGUAUUAUUGCAGAGGGUUCCAACAUUCAGUCUGCUUUUAGUUAGUGUUGGUGAGGCACAUGGAUCCAGAGAGAGAGGAGGAUGUGUUUUCAGACGCUGAAGACCCCUUCCCCCUGAGGGAACACCAGGAAGAAGAGGACGAGGAUGAAGAGGAGGAAAACGAAGAAGAGGAUGAAGAAGAUGCCAGGAUCUUUAACACCUGGAUGCAGCAGUACAGAGGAUGGCACCAUCAGAAGAAGCAGAGGCAGGAGGAGAAAGAGAAAGAGGAGAAGGAUAGAGAGUCAGAGGGAGAAAGACCUGAAAGCAGGUGCAGUUUGGAGCCACCGGUCCAGACGAGGUCCCACCGCCGGUCAUCUUUGCCCUGCCCGGAUACCAUCUCAUCCAUGCAGUUGUCUCGCCUUCACUCCUCCACAUGUGCUCCAGUGACAGCAAGAGUUUUGCUGCGACGCACCUCCUCCCGCCGCCUCCUUCCUUCCCCACAGGAAUCUGUCGUCCCCCCGCUAGAGCAAAGACCCUCACUCAAACCCAGCAUCCCUGAAGCUGUGCCACCUGAGAGGCGGGCCCAGUUCAGAAGACGUAACGUCAUGUCUUUGAGCGAUGCGUACAGUAUGUGCUUGAUCUGUCAUAAUGACCUCAGUCAAGGAUCAGGAGGGACCAGAGAGCUGCAGUGUAAUCACACCUUUCACAAAGAGUGUAUAGAGGAGUGGUUGUGGAGGAAACAGUCCUGUCCAACCUGCCAUGUUCAGGUGUCCAUGCCUCAACCCCUCUACUGGAACUCCACCAGGGUCAAGGUCCCCUAAGACCUCCCCGGGACAUAACUAUGUCUUCAGCUGGGUCCUCUGACAUCAUUAUUAUUUCAAAUAGUAUUCUGAGAAGAGGACAGAGAUAUUUGCCACCCAUUCUCUGAAGCAAGUACUUGCUACUUAAACUAGCUCAGUUGGUAUGACUGGGUUCUUUCAGCUAACGGUACUGUCUGAGGUGAAGGUUCCCCUACCAUAACCAUUCCAUAACCAGUCUCAAGGUGGAGAACCGUGCAGAUCCUUUAAUGACUCACAUGCCUACGAUAGUUCUGAGAUGGUCAAACUAGCUUCUUCCAGAAGUUCCCAUCGGUCCAGGUUGGAAACCAAAGGGGACGGUUUUUUGUUGGUUGCAACUCCAAUGCUCUGGAACUGUGGGAUCUACCCAGGACAUUUUAAAAACCUUCAUAAAACACACUUCAGACAGGCUACUUUGCUCUGGCUGAGAAAGUUACACUGGCUUUUUAAUUAUUUGGAUAAUGUCUUUACUUAUCUAUUAAUUUUCUCCUUAUAUUUGGGUAGAUGUUCUUACAGUUUUUCUGUACAGCAUUUUAAUGUAACUGAGCCUGUUUUUAAAUGUUCUCAAAGGCCCAAUGAAAAAAUAAGAAAAGCCUUCAUAAAGUAAUACUGUAGCUGUGGUUGAAAGACAUGGUGAAUAAUGUUGAAGUUGAAUUAAAACCAUUGUAACCUCA